CUGCAUUAAAUUGGUGUUCUGGAAUCAUAGUUCAUGUCUGAAGUGCAGAUCAGGAUGACUACAGUGACAAUAUGAUGCUGUGUGAAAUGUCAAUGUCAGCUGUUUCAGAGUUUGUAUGUUACUGUGUGUUACAUUAUCCCUAGAGAAGCAGAUGGGUUAGGGACCCCUGCCAAAUGUCUCUCUCAGAAAGGUAGCUGUUGCAUCAUCUGAUUCAGUUGUCUUCUGUGGCCUUCAUGUAUCAUUUAUUCGUGUAUCAUGAACAUGUUAAAGAUAUCGCUCAUAAUCAGUCGUCCUCUUCUUAUAGUAAAGGUCUACAGUGGAUUUAGUUCACUCUCGUUAUGCACUAAUAAUGACAUGUGAGUUUAAUUUCCUAGUUGGCAAGCUGUGAAUGGAAUAUAUUUUUUGAAUUUUAACCGAUAUGUCUGUCCUUAAUGUUCUCCCACCAGUCUGAUGAUGAUGAUGAUGGGUCAAUAGUUCAGUAUGUCCAGUUACAACAAUGGUGUUGAGAUCAAGGCUAGUAACACAGGUUCUAGACAAGACUCAGAGGAAGAUGCAGGUGCAUCGAAAGUCACUUUCUGCAUCAAAUUAAGAAACUUUUAAGAGCAUACUGAGUGCUCUGGUUAUCCCUGGGUGAGUCUAGCCAAUGGGACGUUACCCAGUUUGUUUCUAAUCUAGAUCAGACUUGGAAAUGGAAAUGAAGCGCACUUUUAUGCUGAAUUAACCUUAUUUACCUUGAGGAGUUUUUCUGUGGAAUUUCCUCUGUCCAUUUAUGCAAUUAAAUACUAAUGGAAAAAUUGUACAUGUUUGAUUUUGUUUCUAACUGAAUUUAAGUCCUCCACUAAAGUGGGUUUAUUAUUUGACUGGCAUUUUAGAUUGCUGAAUUAUAUGUUUGUAAUGUUAUUAUGUGUUAUUUUUUUCCACAUUCAGAAACAUUUCAAUAAUGACUAGAGCCGGUGUAAUCCUUAUUUUUGAGUAAGGUAAAGGAAAUUGUUUGAAACUCGAAUCAAGAUGCGGAUGAUGAAUCAAUCAAAGUUGCUGACAUAGCGCUUUAUGAAAAACCGGUCCAAACCGGUUGUAGCGAUAUUUUAGGAGUCUCUCUUCAUGCCUGAGUGAUUUGUAAUAACGUGUAAAAAAAAAAGAUUGAUCCUUUCAUUUAUGUUACAAAAUCAUUGGGAAUUAUAUGAGGUAAAACACUAACUGGUUCCCGGGUAUUAGCUGUAAUUACAGUGUAAAUUUUGAACGCAGCGCGAAAAGGGGCGUUGGACAGAGGAGGGAUACAAGCCUGAUCGUGGCAGAUAGGGUCGGCCAUGACGAAAGAGGCAAAUGUUAGGGUUCAAGCAAAGGUUUCGAAGUUCAUCAUGGUAUAAUCUCGUAGUCGUUAAUACUACUUAAUAGACGUGCUAACAAAGGCGUAAUAACGAGGAAAAAACACCGUUGCGGAGAUCAACGUCUCUGCUACUUUGCAUUUCCAUUCCCUUCACAUGCUGACUCACUCAAUAUGGCGGAUCACGGUGUCAGCGAGUGGUGUCCAAAACUAUGCCUGAGGGUCCUAAAAAUAAAAACAAAUUGGGGUCCUUCAGUUGACAGCAGAUUCGUGUUUUCAUUCCCACAACCAGUUGUUUAUACAUUAAAAGCUACAGUAAGUUGGGCCAUAUUUGACGAGCGAAAAAGUUAACAGUCGAUUCUCCAGAGACCGUAUUUGUGAAUUAACCAUUUAAAGGCAACCUGUCUGUGAAAUAAACCCCAAGUAGUUAACCUAAUCAGGCCCGUGGGGGUUUUGAAGCUAGCUAGCUAACUAUCGCUAGCUAGCUAUAACAACUAGAUAACUAGGUGCUGUUAUUAGAAGAAUCAGAAAUCCAGCAUAAGUCCUGCCAACGUGUGGGGUAAGCUCCCUAGUUUUCACUUGCGUAGUUGCCUUUUCUGGAGAGAAGGUGGGAAAAGUUUGAAAAGGGAGGUGACGCGGUAACUCUGGAAGGUGUUAAUGCUACGCCAUGUCCGGCAUAGCCCUCAGUAGAUUGUCGCAGGAGCGCAAAGCUUGGAGAAAAGACCACCCGUUUGGCUUUGUUGCCGUGCCAACCAAGAACCCUGAUGGCACAAUGAAUUUGAUGAAUUGGGAGUGUGCCAUCCCAGGCAAGAAGGGGACGCUGUGGGAGGGAGGACUGUACAAGCUCCGCAUGCUCUUCAAGGAUGACUACCCAUCUUCACCGCCCAAAUGUAAGUUUGAGCCACCUAUCUUCCACCCGAACGUGUACCCCUCGGGGACGGUGUGUCUGUCCAUCCUGGAGGAGGAGAAGGACUGGAGACCUGCCAUCACGAUCAAACAGAUCUUGCUGGGCAUUCAGGAGCUGUUGAACGAGCCCAAUAUCCAGGACCCAGCCCAAGCUGAGGCCUACACAAUAUACUGUCAGAACAGAAUGGACUAUGAGAAGCGUGUUAGGGCACAAGCCAAGAAAUUCGCCCCAACUUAAGAUGGCCGUGGGUGGAGGAGUUUGCCACGACUGAAGAUGGCACUCUGGACUGGAGUUGGGUGGGUGUUGGACGGACGGGUGUUGGAUGUGCACCUCAGAAAGGAGUGGAGGCGCAAAACAUCAACCCAUUUGUAAGGCUGGGGAGGUUGUGUACAUAUAUAAAUAUUACAUCUUUUGUAUUAUUAUUAUUAUUAUUAUUAUUAUUAUUACCAGUUGUGUGUUGUAAUGGUAACCAUGUUGUGGCAAUGUUCUGUGGAGUUAAACACAACCACCAACAAAAACAGAAUUUAACAAAAUGCGGGCAGUUUGAGCUCUUUGCUUUUGGUCAUGAUGUUUUGAUUAACUGAUUGUAAAAUAAUACACAAAUAAAGGAAAUUAUUCAAAAGGA